CAUUAUGUCUGUGGCUUUUGUGUUAUCUGUCACCAUUAAUAUUGCCUACUGCAUCAUUAAACAUAAAAGAGGAAAAGAAAUGAAAUACAGUAAAGAAUGCACUAUAAGUGAAGAAGAAUGUAUUGGAAAUAACCAAAUAUAUGGAAACCUUAAUCAACCAGUUCUAGAGUCUGUUGAUGAAAGCUGCUAUGAACAAAUGUCUAACCCCUAUCAGAGAAACAGAGAAGCAGUUAAGAUGGAACCACAGGAAACCAUGUGCUAUGCCGCUUUGGAUCUCAGCCCUAAAAAGACAAGGAAACUAAGAAAAAAGAAAGCAACAUCAUUAAUUUCUAACAAUUGUGUAGAAGAAUCCUCGCCGAUGACUAUAAACAGUACUUUAUCUAGAUCGAGUAUAUAUCUUAAUAGUGAGCAGCUGGCAGCAGAGUGCAGAAGAGAAGAGGAAUUAAUCCAUUACGACCCAGUUCGGCUUUACAAAAAGAUGCAUAAAACAAGAAAUUACAUGGAUGCAGAUGACCAAGGUCAACCAGACUGUUCAAAGUUUGGGACAUGCUGAUUGUCAUUCUGAGAUUAACAAUCUGAAUUCAACCGUAACGACCCAGAAGUCAUGUUUUAGUGAUUAACUACAGAAGAUGUACUCUGCCUACAAAGAGGGCAUUGGAGGCGUCAAAACAAAUUUCGAUGCAUAGUUAAUAGUUUCAAAAGCUACUUUAAACUGGUGACGUGUGAUAAAUACUCAAUAGGUACAAUACAUUAAAUGUAUAGUUUAAAGGCUUUAAAAAGUACAGUGUCAAGGUCUAUAUCAGAGGUAAAAAAAAAAAAAACCUCCUUGCUCAUGAGACUGAUCAAAAGUUUAAUAGAUAUACCUGACUACCUCUAUACAAAUUGUAAUAUCUAUUAAACCAGAAUAUAGAGCAUAUAAAAGAACCUGUUAAUAGCAGUGCUUUCCUUUCAUAGUGACGGAUGACAAUACUGUUUAGAAAAUAAUAUAUAAUGAAAACCAGCAUGUGUGUUUGUGUGUGUAUUAUGCAAAUCUAAAACAACACACAUGUUAAAAUAAGUAUAUAUUUAUGUUUGACAAAGGGAAAGAAUAGAAUUCCAUUCCUCUAUAUUCAGUGAUAUAGUGAAAAGGCCUCACUGUCCUUUAUAAAGUAGACCAAAAUUGUUUUUUUCUACAAUUACAAAACAGAGUCAUGCUACCAGUUAGUGCUGGAUUUAGGUCUUCUUGGACCUGGAGCUGAUGGACCUAAUGAGAAGUUAAAUAUGAAUUUCAGAUAUCAUUGUAGCAAUUACCAUGUAGAACAUAUACCAAAUCUAAUACUGAUCCACGUGGACUCUGAAUUCUUCUUCAUGUGCAAUUCAAAUGCAACAUAUCAAGCUUUAAGGUUGCAUAUACAACAGGAAAUAGUCUCAGAACUAUCAGUGACUGGGAAACAUUUUCAAAACAUAAAGUGGCGAGUGGAAUAAACUGAAAAAAUUGAACAUUUACAUUGUGGCUGUUUUAUUCCUAUUUUAAAGCAAGAAUCUGGAGCUUCUGCUCCAAUAGCCCCUAUAUUAUUUUGGCCUUAUGCCACUGAAGACCGUCAGCUAAGGAAUACUAGGCCUCAAAACAUAUACAGUCCUAGGAUGGAGGAGGCACUUUGGGGAUCACACUUCCUUUUUAUUCUGGGAGCAGAACUCAAGAUGGCUUUUAGAUCAGAUAGUUUUCACCUUCAGUGCAGGACAUUCCAGUUCCCAGCCGCUAGUACAUGAAAAGGGACUUUUUGAGUUGCCUGCUCUUAUUAAUGACUGUAAU